AUGGAUAGUAAAAAAUCUGGUGCAACUGCAUCAUCAGAAACUGGAAAACAUGGUGAAAAGAAAGAUAAUAAUUUUUUCUCAAAAACUGCUCGUUCAAUUCGAGAAAGAGUACAAGAGAUAACGGAUGAUGUUAAAGGAAAAACACAAACUUUAACACGUAUUAAUGAAUCCAAAAAAAAGCAUAAACAUAAAAAUCCAAAGACAAAAGAUACUGAAACAAAUCGAUUAUCAAAAUCUGCUACAACUGGUAGAAAAGAUUCAGAUUUAGAUUCGUCUGAUGAAGACAGUUCAACAAAACCACAAUCUCCACAUUUCACUCCUGCGAAAACUGCUAACACAUCAGAUAUUUCACGAUCGAAACCACUAUCAUCAGUCGAGUCAGAAAAGAACGAUGCUGUACCUUCUGCUCGAUCAAAACUUCCAACUGAUAAUUCAGCUUCAAAUCGUACAGAAAAUAAAUCAUCUACUGAUCAUAAAGAUGCUGCUGUUGCUGCCGCUGCCACCAUCAUCGCAUCAUCUUCUUCUUUAAAACCAUCUGAUAAUAAUUCAGCUACGAAACCUUCAAGUUCAUCAUUGAAUAACGGUUCAAAAUCGACAACGGAGAACUCAAAUAAUAAUACAGAUGAUGAAGAAGUAACAAAUACAUCAUCUUCUACAAAAAACAAUACCGAUCGAGUUCAUCUUUCAUUUGAUGGUAUAAAUACUGUCAAUGAUUUGCUUGACCGAAUAGAUGAAACUGUUGAAAAGGCUAAACUUGUUAUAGAAGGUGGAUCAGGCAAAAUUGGUCUCAAUAUUAAUAGAGUACCAUAUGUACCUAAGCAUUCUUCAUCUGAUGUCGAAAAAAAGCCUAAAGAAAAAAUUGAAGACAAAAAACAGGAAGAGAUACCAAAAAAGAAAGAAGUUAGAAAAGAGGAACCAGUGAAAGACGAAGAUGAAGACGAAAAACAACCACUGCGUAUUGACUAUAACGAAAUACAUACUAUUGAAGAUCUUCUCGUUAAACUUAAUAAUCAACCAGGAAAUCGAAAAGUUGUACUUGAAAAUGAACCUGAUAAUGCUGAUUCAAUCACUAUACAAAAUCCAACUGAUCGAUCUUCUACUACUUUGUUGACAUCAAUAAAGUCUGAUGAUAAUGAUGAUACAUCAACAACAAUAAAAAGUGUUUUAAAAACAAGUCAAGAUCCAUCAUCAUUAGACACAGCGACUAAAAUAUCAUCAUUUCAAGAUGAUCAAAUUCAUGUCAAUAUGGAAAGUGUUCAAAAUAUUGGUGAGCUUUUAGAUCGUAUUGACGAUGCUGUUCAACAUGCUCCCGUUAUCAUUGAGACAAAACAUCAAGAAAAAAAACGACAAGCUCCAGUAGCACCACAUCGAAAUAUUAAUAAUGAUGAACUAGAAACAAAAACUUCUGUAUUCACUAAAGAACAAAAAGCUUCACAACCGGAUAAUAAACAAACAAACGAUAUUGGAAUUUCAACCUCUAAAAUAUCUAAACAUCAUGAUCAACAACAAACAUCAUCUUCAUCAGGGAGAAAUAAAAAGAAAGAUGACAAUGAAGAAGUUGAUUGGAUAUAA